AUGGGGACAAAAGAGCAUUUGUGGAUUCACAUCGUUGCUGUACUUCUCUUUUGUUACGGAUCUGCUUCGCAAUUAUCCUACUCCAUUUCCGAGGAGAUGAACAAAGGCACGGUGGUGGGGAAUAUCGCCAAGGAUUUAAACCUCAAUUUACAAGGACUGCACAACAGAGACCUGCAUAUUGUUUCAAGUUACAGUAAGAAAUACAUUGAUGCAGAUCUUCGGACGGGGAACCUCUUUGUUAAUGACAGAAUAGACAGGGAAGAGCUUUGUCCCAACGCGGCGAAAUGCUUUGUGAGAAUACAGGCGGUGCUGAGCAACCCUAUGAGUGUGGACCGCAUUGACGUCAAUGUUUUAGAUGUGAAUGACAAUUCACCCAAAUUUGAGGAAGAAUUACACACCUUAAAAAUAUCUGAAUCCGUGGCACCGGGAGAGAGAUACUUCCUCCCAGUAGCAGAGGAUUCAGAUACAGGAAGUAAUUCAGUCAAAACCUACAAAUUGAGUCAAAAUGAAUAUUUUAUGCUAGAUGUGCAGAGUGGUGGUGAACAUGGUGUUUCUACAGAGCUAGUACUACAUAAAGCUUUAGAUCGAGAGAAACUGCCUGUUCAUGAACUCACUCUCACCGCUGUAGAUGGAGGAAAACCUGUUAGAUCUGGCACGUUACCUAUAAAAAUUAUAGUGAUGGAUGUGAACGACAACACGCCUGUUUUCAGCAAGUCUCUUUAUAAAGUACGUGUAAGUGAAAACGCCCCAGAGGGCUCAUUUGUGAUUAAAUUAAAUGCAACAGAUUCAGACGAAGGCAUGAACAGUAAGAUUAUGUAUUCUUUAAUAAAGAGAGGCAACAAUGAUCCAUCUAAUGUUUUUAAUCUUAAUGCAGAAACAGGAGAAAUUACAGUUAAAGGUAUUUUAGAUUAUGAGGACACUCCUGCUUACGAAGUCAGAAUUCAAGCAAUGGAUCGAGGUCCUGUUCCGCGUAGUGCACAUGCUAAACUACUAAUAGAGAUAAUUGAUGUUAAUGACAAUGCCCCUGAAAUUGCGGUGACGUCCCUGAUGACCCCAGUAAAGGAAAAUGCAGAAAUGGGGACAAUUGUAGCUUUGAUUACAGUGAGUGAUAACGAUGCUGGUAAAAAUGGUGUAAUCAAUUGUAAGGUAGUUGGCUUGGAUCCAUUUAAACUAAAGUCUAACUACAAAAAUGAUUAUUCAUUAGUAGUUAGUGGAGCACUUGACAGAGAAAUUACUUCCCUUUAUAAUGUUUCUAUGAUAGCAACAGAUGAGGGAACUCCACCUAUGUCCACUUUAAGAAUAAUAACUGUUCAUGUAUCCGAUGUUAAUGACAAUGCACCACGUUUUAUGGAACCUAUUGUUAAUGUGUAUGUCAAAGAAAAUAGCCCAACUGGAUAUUCUCUUUGUUCUAUAAAUGCGAUCGAUCCUGAUUUGGAUGCACAUGCAAAAGUGUCUUAUGCAUUGUUAGACAGUUAUCCUCGUUAUAUUCCAAUUUCAUCACUUCUUCACAUAAACUCAGAUAGUGGACAAAUAGUAAGUUUGCAAUCUUUUGAUUAUGAGAAGUUAAAGUCGUUUCAGUUCAUGGUUGAGGCUACAGACUCUGGUGUUCCUCCACUCAGUAGCAACGUGAGCAUCAAUGUUUUUAUCCUUGAUGAGAAUGACAACAGUCCCGCCAUUCUUGCACCCUAUUCUGAGCAUGGCUCCGUUAACAGUGAGAGCGUCCCCUAUUCAGCCGAAGCAGGAUACUUCGUGGCAAAGAUCAGGGCAGUAGAUGCAGACUCUGGAUACAAUGCACUGCUCUCAUAUCACUUGUCUGAGCCGAAAGGCAACAACAACCUGUUCCGGAUCGGAACCAGUACUGGAGAGAUUCGGACCAAGAGGAGAAUGAAUGACAAUGACCUGAAAAGUCACCCACUGGUGGUGGUGGUAUCUGAUAAUGGAGAAGCCUCCCUGUCAGCUACUGUGUCUAUUGAUGUGCUGGUACUUGAAAGCACAGCUGACAUCCACACUCAGUUCAGGCAUGUGCCCCUACAGGAAGAAAGCUUCUCCGAUUUACACUUGUAUCUGCUCAUCGCCAUCGUGGCUGUGUCACUCAUCUUCAUUCUCAGCCUCAUCACUUUAAUAGCUUUCAGAUGCCACAGACAGACAGAAGGAACUUUUGACAGGUACAGCGCCCCAAUGAUCACCACCCACCCUGACGGUAGCUGGUCUUACUCCAAAGCUACUCAGCAGUAUGACGUGUGUUUCAGUUCAGACACACUGAAGAGUGACAUGGUGGUUUUCCCCACACCCUUUCCACCUGUAGAAGCAGAACUGAUCAGUAUUAAUGGAGGCGACACUUUUACCAGGACUCAAACUUUACCAACAACUGAGAAGGUAGGGUGA